UUGUGUCUAAGAGGAGGGAAAAAUUCUUUGCGUGGAAAAAUUAUCGCGCCUUUUUUUUAGAAAAAAAAUGUUUGAAAUCUCAGUCUUGGCGGAAUACAUACAUAUGUAUAACUGAAUAUGUGUUGAGUAGUAAUUUGAAGCGUAACAUAUGAGUAUUUGUCACAAGUCAAUAGAGACCAGGAAAUGGCAACAAACAAAGCAUUCCACACUGAUGCCAAAGAGUUGUCUUUGUCACCGUAAAUGGGAACUGACAGGGUACUUUGUUAUUAUGGGGAGUGUGGCCAUGGCAUUCUCUUGGCUUUUGUUACAAAAAACCCAUAGUGUCGUCAGCACUCGUUGUUCGUCUUUCAAAAAGCAAACAGUACAACAGUUUUGUUAUAUCUGCAACUGGAAAAACGCCCGACCAACCUCUUGUUUUCUACCUGUGCGUUUGUUCAAAUGGAGAAAGUUUUUGCCUCAUUCUGCACCUAGCUUUCAAACUUGGAAACAGAGUAUAGCAGUCAAGUUUGCUUUUGAUUUUUCAACUUUCGUUAGCAGUACCUUUUUUAUUUCUGGGGUCGCAAUUUUCGGUGCAGUGGGUCUCCAUCGAAGCCGAGAUGAACUUGUUGCCUCUAGGGAAAAGUUGUCUUGUUCCAAUUUAACAGAGUUAGAAGAGGAACACGAGUUACCGAGUAUUUCAGACUAUCGAUUUGACGACCCCAGUUCCACUCGGAGCAUAAGGAAAACGUCCAAACUGUAACUUGAAGUGUUUUUUCUAGUUCUCUCGCAAGGCUGAUCGUCAGUUUCC